AUUCAUCGAACCAAAGAGAACUAGAAUCGAAGAAAAUUAUGACUUCCAUCAGCUACGGAAGAAUUCGUGUAAAGUUAAACAUAAACUUUUUCGAGAUAUUCUUGGACAGUUAAGCCAACAACAGGGAGCCAACAGUUAAUCUUCAUGUAAGGAACGUGGGCUAACAGAUUUGUGGAUCAUGGGUGACACACACCACCAUCAAGGUGACUCUGCGUGCUGCGCUCAACCCUCCCCUACACCCUCCCUCACACAAACCCUGGAUGAGCUGGACUGGGAGAGAGGCAUCUGGAAUGCUGCCCUCAGUGGUGACCUAGCAGGAGUUCAGAAGUUGCUCUCUUCAGGAUGCGACGUUAAUACUGUGGAUAAAUCAGGGUACACUGCUCUGCAUUACGCUUGCCGCAAUGGACACAAAGACAUCGUUUCCACAUUACUCCAGCAUGGAGCCAAUCCCAAUCUUCUAACCCGAUCGGGGCGUGCAAGUCCUCUACACAGAGCAGCAUAUGGCGGCCAUCUUGAAAUUGUAUCUCAACUCCUCCUUGCCAAAGCUGAUGCUAGUCUGGUAGACAGCGAUGCUAAGACAGCUCUGCAUAAGGCUGCAGAACGAGGCCAUGUAGACAUCUGUAAGGUCCUGGUCCAAGCCCAGCCUAGUCUGAAGACUGCGGAGGACAACAGAGGACAGACACCACUAGACUGCAUGAAGGACAACUUUGAUCCAGGACUAAGGCAACUCUUAUCAUGACAGUCAGUCCUCAUUGAUUGUUUGUAUAAUGGGUUAUAUAUAACUUAUAAGCAUUAGCUUAUCUUAUGUAUGUCUGUAUUAUAUUGGAAAAGUAAGUACUUUUAUAUAUGGAAUAUGUUUUGCAUUUGGGGAAUAUAGAUUAAACCCAAAUGAAAUUGAGGUGCAAUAACUCAGUUGAAAUAUUAACAAAAUAUUGUAAAAGCUGUUAUUUUGGGGGGGUUGUCCGUACGUACAUAUGUACGUCCCGUGAUUGCGUGAUCGCGUGAUCUCAGGAACCUAUUGAUGGAUUCUUGCCAAACUUGAGUCAUGCAUGUAUCUUCCAGAGCCAAUGAACUGAUUAGAUUUUUGGGUCACGAGAUCUAA